GACUAGUCCUCCCAAGUCACGACACGCCUGUCUUCGAGUUUGAGGCCGCCUCUUCCAUUUCUCCACCCUCUAACCUAAAUUCCCCAUUCUCUAGAUCUUGCAAUAAGGAUGAAGAUGGAAGAUAAAGGAUGGUCUCUGCCAGCGGCCAUCGGCAGGGUGGUGGGGAAGCUGCGUUUCUAUCUGGGAAACAACAGUGAUUCAGGCAAGUUUAAGGGCACCAUGAAGAUGCUCGAUUUGUUGGAGGAGAAGCUCAGGCUCUUCCAAGACGAGAAUCUGCAGCGUGUCAGUAUAGACCGAGAGGAAGAGAUGGGUUCAUGGCUACAGCAGGUGAAGGAGGCUGCAGACGACGCAGAAGAGCUAGUCAAGGACAUGGAGACCGGUGAGUCUGCAAUUCCUGAUGCAAUGGCUUGGUUUCGGUCUGAUAGCAGUAACCUCCUCAGAAUGAAAUAUGCCAUCGGCAGACUUGUUAGCGUGUGCACCGAAGGUGAAUCCCUUCUUGGCAUUCCUAACCUGGAUGAGGAUGUCCCGGAAAGCAUGCGGAAUGACAGUGCUUCCUCGACAUCUUAUCAUACCUAUGUUGUUGGUCGAGAUAAGGAACUAGCUAUGAUUUUGGACAUGGUAUUGGAGGAUGCUCGUUUCGAGGUGGCAACGUCGCUUGAAAGCUGGGCAAGUGCUGACACCUUACAAAUUUCUCAGAAAGGAUGGAUCAUUGAGACCCUCCAGAACAUCAAUCCAUUUCAGCAGAGACAUGAAGAUGCAGAAGUAUCAUCGUACCAAAAAGAAAUCGGUGGCACCAUAGAAUAUACCCAGGUGUGCAAUACUGCUAGUGAACUGAUGAACCCUAUGAUUAUUCCGAUGGUUGGAAUUAGCGGGGUUGGUAAAACUACCCUUGCGCAGCUCAUUUUCAAUGAUAAAAGGAUCCAGAAGCACUUCCAGGGUCAAUCUGCAUGGAUCUAUUGUAGUGACAACAUAAGAAAGGAAGAAUUGAUGACAAAGAUCUUGGUAUCUUUGCAGCCUCAACAUAAGAUUCUAGAUCUUGGGUUUGAUUUGAACAGCCACCACAAUCAACUUCAGAGUUUCAUAGAAGGAAAGAGGUUUUUGCUUGUACUUGAUGAUGUAUCUGAUGACAUCCGUGCAGUAUGGGGUGAUGUAAAAAGUGUACUAAGCAGAGGUGCACCUGGAAGUGUUGUCUUAGUUACAACCCAACUAUAUGGUCUAGCCAGCUUUAUGGGGACUACAGCUCCAAUAUUUUUGAAUCCUCUACAGUAUGAUGACUUGUGGAAACUUUUUAAGCAUCAUGCCUUUUUUGGUAAUCAAAGUACAGAAGCUCUAGAGUCAAUUGGGAGAAAAAUUGUUGACAAAUUACAUGGACUUCCUUUAGCAGCAAUAAUGAUUGCAGUAUCGCUGAGAAAUUAUUCAGACGGAGUGUGCUGGAAUAGACUUCUAAAAAGUUGGUGGUGGAGUGUUUCAAGUAACAGUUUGGGCAUCCACAUUGCAGCUUCUCUUGGGGUUUGUUAUUGUGAAUUACCUGCACAUUUGAGGCAGUGCUUGAUUUAUUGCUCAAUAUUUCCUAGGAAUUAUAUAUUUAAAAAAUAUGAGUUGAUCCAAAUGUGGAUAGCUAAUGGUUUCGUUGAGCUAGACAAUACUGCUGGUCCCAGAAGUUUGGAGGAAUUAGCUGCUAAAUGGUUUGAUGAACUUGUUAAUAGGUGCUUUCUGCAACCGACAUUUUGGGAACUCCAAUAUGUUAUGCAUGACUUGGUUAGAGAUUUUGCAAUUGCUCUAACUUCUAGUGAGUAUUGCGGUGUUGAUUGUGAACUGGCACAUCUUCCACAAAGUGUCCGCCAUUUAUCCAUAAAUAUGGAGAAUAUGAACGUGCCGCAGGCUGAUUUUAACAUUAAAAAUCUGCGAUCACUAAUGCUGUUUGGCGGCUUACAUGACAGCAACUCUAGUGAAUGUUGCACCACUGUUGAUAGCCUUCUAGAGAGGUCUUGUGACACCGUUGAUUGCCUUUCUGAGAUAUCCUAUGCCAAUGUUGAUAACAUUUCUGAAGGGUGUUCUGAUGCAAUUGAUAAUGACCAUGCUGACAUCAUUUUGAGGAGAUCUUGUGUGACUAUUGAAAGUAUUCUAAGGAAAUCAACAUGCCUGCGCUUAUUGAACUUGUCUAACAUGAGGCCAAAUGCUGCAACUGCAUGCUCUGAUGAUCACCUACUUGUUGAAGAUUAUGUUGCAGCAUUUGCGAGGUUCCUUACAAGACAUCACAUGCUGUCGCGUUUGACACACCUCAGAUACUUAGAUUUUUCGUACAGUGGGAUUACCGAACUUCCUGAUUCAUUAUGUACCUUGUGCAAUCUCCAGGUGCUUGGCUUGCGAAGCUGUAGAUUCACACAGUUACCAAGAAGCAUGAAUUCAUUAAUUAGCAUGCGACACUUGUAUGCAGAUGCAGAUACAAUUGCUCUAAUUCAUGGCAUCGGAGGGCUAACAAAGCUCCAAGACUUGCAAGAAUUCCGUGUUAAAACAGAGGAUGGCUACAGAAUAACCGAGUUAAGGGACAUGAGGUACAUUGAAGGUUCCCUUUGUAUAUCAGAUCUUCAGAGGGUGACCAAUCAAGCAGAGGCAACUCAGGCUAACUUAUCCGGAAAGGAGGGUAUUACUUGUUUACAUCUAAAAUGGGACAGAAAUAAAUAUUUGAAGGGUAAAUAUAACCAUUUUGGAAAGGAGUUGAGUCAGUAUGAUAUAGGUCAAAAAGAGCCACUUCAUGUUAUCUUACUUCAGAAGAAUUAUACGCAUUCAGAUAUUUCAGGACCAAUUGUAAAUCCAUCUACACCUGAUCCAGCCAUCAACAUACUACAAUGUUUGCUUCCACCUAGAAAUUUGCAGAAGCUGAAAAUUUUUGGGUACCCAGGGUGUUCUUUUCCAGACUGGGUGCAAGGGCUCAGGUAUAUCCAAGUUAUUGAGAUAAGCCACUGUAUAGAACUGCAGGUACUUCCGCCUAUUGGACAGCUGGAGCAUCUAAGGAAACUGAAGUCAUAUGAGUUGCCUUCCAUAAAAGAUGUCAGUUCAGAUGUAUAUGGAACCUCAAAUGUGGUCUUUCGAUCAUUGGAAGAGCUGAGUUUUGGAUCCAUGGUGAAAUGGGAAAAUUGGGCAGCAGAUGCAGAGAAUAGAGAGUUCUUUCCAAACCUGCAAAAGCUGCACAUCAAUAGAUGCUACAACCUGAGGGAACUACCUUUUAUGGUCUUGGGCGUAGCUAUCAAAGAACUUUCACUUUCAGGUUGUGGUUCAUAUUCCGGUACAGUGUCAAGUUAUUUGAAUAGAUUAACUUGUCUUACACAUUUAAAGGUAAAUGAUUGCUCACAAAAGUUAAUCAUUCCAUGUCAAAAGCUAGUAUCGCUGGAAUACUUGCACCUUUCAAAUUGUAAGGAGCUCUGCUUUGAGGGUGGAAUCCUUUGUAUGAACAAUUUGAAAGCCCUACAUAUUUCCAGUUGCCACAUUGUCAGAUUAUCCCUAGAGGAAGAGCUCACUCGCCUGCUCUCAGGUUGGGCAUCAAUGUUCGGAGAAGAGCAAGCACUUCUUCUUAAAUCCACUAUUCUUCAGUUAGUCAAAGAGGCAGGCAUGAAAAGUGGAGAAAUCCACCUUCCGGUUUCUGCUGUAGUUGGAUUAUCCAAAAAGUCAGGCAGAAAAAGGAGAGAUGGACAACAUAAACAUGAGCACAUUCAUGUUAUGCCGUCUCUCACUGACCUUACGAUGGACAACCUUUCCCAGUCUCUAAAUCUCGAUAAUAUUCUUUGCAAGCUUUCAACACUUCGUACCCUGUGUCUUCACAAGAUUCACAAUAUAUCUGUUCUUGAAGAAGAGUGGCUUGAGCAAAUUAAGUCCCUACAGGAGCUGGAAUUUUUUAAUUGCUACCUACUCAGGAAGCUCCCAUCGAAAUUGGUCUCUCUAUCAUCCUUGAAGAAGUUGAGUCUACAGUCAUGUUCCCAAAUUCACUCACUACCAUCGAAAGGUCUACCACGGAACCUAAAGGAGUUACAGAUACUAGGUUGCUCACCUAUACUAGAGGCACGAUGCCAGAAGGAAGAUGGAGACAUAUGGGUCAAGAAGAAGAUAGAGGAACGGCAGAAGAAGACUAUAAAUGAAUAUCAACAGAAAAAAGUAAAUGAGUUCUGGCAAGGAUGGCAGAAGUACGAGGAAGAGUGGGUGCAGUGUGCGGAGGAGCAGCUGAAGGGAGAGUGGUUGACGAAUGAAGAAGAGGACUGGCUGAAGCAGCAUAAUGUGGUGGAGUCAGUAAGUAAUGUAGAUGUGUGGCUCAAGGCAACAGGAGAAGACUGGCCAAAGAUUGCUCACAUUCCUUAUAUCCGCGUGAAUGGAGAUAUCAUUCAGAAUCUUUAUCACUGAAGCUGCAGAUUCACUAAAUCAGUGUUAAUUGUGAAGAUUUAUCCUGUUUCUUUCAAGAAGUGACAAGUGACAACUUUUAGGAAGCUGUUCCGUGUCCUCACUCAGUGUAGAAGUGGGACAAUGCAGCACAUCCUUGUACUGCAACGCAGUAGCAUGACCGUUCUGAACCGUCAUAUGUGGUCUGAGCUCUGAAGUCUGAUCUGGUGCGAUGCUUCAGACAAGACUAAAAGCCAGUAGUUUGGCUCCUCACCGGACUGCCAGGCGUUCAUCGCAGGUUGCACCGGAACUUCUCCUGCCAGACGACAGCAAACUGAGGAACCAGUGGAGAACAUCAGUAUGCUUCGCCGUCGGUGUUCAUGGGUCAUCUGUUUCAUGGGCAACCAAUGUUUUCAAAUCGGCUGGUCGGUCCUGGUCGCCUAGGGACCGACCAGGUGAUUAAUCGCGAUUAGUCGACGACCAGGUCGACCUGGUCGAGCCUGGUCGUUCCCUAAUCGUCCAUAUGUCUACAUGUUCAGUAUAUACUAUAUAGUGUAUAUAUAAUUAUAUAUAUACAAUAUAGUAUACAGCAAGCAAUUCUGCAGGUUUUGGUGACUUACUUUUGAUAUUUGCUCUCCAGAACUCCA